ACGACACUUUCCUAGGUUUCUUCUCUGGCCAAAGGAUGUCUUCUUUCCCACUAUCAAUCACCCUGAAGGCUGAUCCUAAGCUGGCUUGCAACACUGCAAACUUUCUUCCUAACUUCUGGGGUGACUGUUUCCUCACCUACACUCCUGAUGAUACGGUAACACAUGCCUGCAAAGAAAAAGAACUUGAAGGACUGAAAGAAGAAGUGAGAAAGGAGCUAAAAGCUACUGCUGGGAAGUCUUCACAACUGUUGAACUUCAUAGAUUCCAUCCAACGCUUGGGCUUGGCUUACCACUUUGAAAGGGAGAUAGAAGAAGCAUUAAAAGUAAUGUAUGAAACAUAUAAUUUGGUCGAUGAUGAUAACGAUGACCUUGCCAGUGCUGCUCUUCGAUUCCGGUUACUAAGACAAGAAGGCUACCACAUUCCAUCCGAUGUAUUUAAGAAGUUCAAGGACGAGGAAGGCAACUUCAAGGAAUCAUUGGUGGGUGACUUACCAGGCAUGCUAGCUCUAUAUGAAGCUACACACUUAAUGGUGCAUGGAGAAGACAUACUGGAUGAAGCCCUGGCUUUCACCACUGCCCACCUUCAGUCCAUGGCAUCUGAUUCAGAUAAUCCUCUCAAAAAACAAGUGAUUCGUGCUCUAGAGCGGCCGAUUCGCAAGAGCUUAAUAAGGGUAGAGGCAAGGCAUUACAUUUCCAUCUACCAAGAAUAUGAUUCACAUAAUAAAUCUUUACUUAAGCUUGCAAAGUUAGAUUUCAACCUGUUGCAGUCACUCCACAGGAAAGAGCUGAGUGAGAUCACUAAGUGGUGGAAAGGUUUAGAUUUUGCUACAAAGCUACCCUUUGCAAGGGACAGAAUAGUGGAGGGAUACUUUUGGGUAUUGGGAGUGUACUUUGAGCCCCAAUAUUUCCUUGCUAGAAGGAUCUUACUGAAAGUAAUGGCCAUGACAUCGAUUACAGAUGAUAUAUAUGAUGCACAUGAUAUAUAUGAUGCACAUGGUACAUUUGAAGAACUCAAACUCUUUGCCGAAGCGAUUGAGAGAUGGGAUGCCAGCAGCAUAGAUCAACUCCCAGAUUAUAUGAAGUUGUGUUAUCAGGCUCUCUUAGAUGUCUUUGAAGAAAUAGAGGAAGAGAUGACCAAACAAGAAAAACCAUACCGUGUUCACUAUGCAAAACAAGCAAUGAAAAAGCAAGUCCAAGCCUACUUUGUUGAAGCCAAAUGGUUGAAGCAGGAAUAUAUACCAACAAUUGAGGAGUACAUGACCAACGCACUAGUAAGUUGUGGCUACUUUCUGCUCACAACCAUAUCUUUUGUUGGCAUGGGAGAUAUAUUAACCAAGAAGGCCUUCGAUUGGGUUUUCAGUGACCCUAAGAUGGUUAGAGCUUCAACAAUCAUUUGCAGGCUCAUGAAUGACAUAGUUAACCAUGAGUUUGAGCAAAAAAGAGGAUAUGUUGUCUCAGGAGUUCAAUGCUACAUGAAGCAAUAUGGUGUUACUGAGCAAGAGGCGUGUGAGGAGUUCAAUAACGAAAUAAUGAAUGCAUGGAAGGAUAUGAAUGAGGAGUGUCUCAAACCUACACAAGUGCCCAUGCCUCUUCUCACACGUGUUGUUAAUUUUGCCCGUGUGAUAGAUCUCUUAUACAAGAAUCAAGAUGAGUACACACAUGUGGGGAAGUUGAUGAAAGAUCUUAUUGCAUGGAUGCUUAUAGACCCUGUGCCAAUGUAAAUGCGGCGAUGGUUCGAUACUGUGCUUCAUUCGUCGUAUGAAAAUAUGAUUGAUAUAUAGUUUGGGUGUUGCAUAUACCAUCCCUAUUUCUACCAUCGUUUGUUAGUUAUCAUAAUCGUCUAUGAUGAGUUAUCUAUUAACUUCCAUUUCUAUCAUCUCCCAAGUCCAUCAAUAAAAGAGUAUGAUU